UCAACACAUCUGGGUGAAUUGUUCCCUUCCGCGACCCACAACCAUCUGCCACUAAUACCUACGAGACACAUAUAACUUUUAGAAUGGAUAACAGCGAGAAUGACACGGGGGAGGAUGAGACCGAGUGGAAUAACAGUUACGUGGAUUCCUUCCCGCUCAGCGCCAACGCACCUUCCGAUGCAAGCCUCGACAAAACAUCAGGAGCAACCCCUGGUGAAAGAGUCAUUCUGCAUUUUGACCUGGACUGCUUCUACGCUCAGGUGGAAAUGCUCAGAAACCCUUCACUGAGAGACGUCCCUCUGGGUAUUCAGCAGAAAUACAUCAUAGUCACCUGCAACUAUGUGGCAAGAGGUCACGGGGUCACCAAGCUGAUGUCUGUGACUGAUGCAAAGGAGAAAUGUCCUCAGCUGGUGCUGGUAAAAGGAGAAGACCUGACACACUACAGAGACAUUUCGUAUAAACUGACAGAGCUGCUGGUUUCCUUCUGUCCGCUGGUAGAGAGGCUGGGGUUUGACGAAAACUUCAUGGACAUCACAAAGAUGGUAGAAAGAAGGCUAGCAGAGACACCGGCGUCCAACCACUUUUCAUUCAAAGGACACGUGUACAACCAUCGCAGUGCAGACGUCGCCAAAGCAAGUGAUCACCCGAGGUUGGCUUUAGGUUCGCACGUCGCAGCAGAGCUGAGAGACGCCAUCCACAGCAAACUGGGUCUGACCGGCUGCGCCGGCGUCGCCACCAGCAAGCUGCUGGCCAAACUGGUGUCGGGCACCUUUAAACCCAAUCAGCAGACCACGCUGCUGCCUGAGAACGUCGGUGACAUCAUGGGCUCCCUGAGCGGCCUGCGCAAAGUACCGGGGGUCGGUCACCAAACAGCGAAGCGACUUCAAGCGCUGGGACUGGUCGGCGUUAAAGACCUUCAGCUCUUCCCGUUGAACGACUUGGUGAAGGAGUUUGGGGCUCCCAGUGCCCGGCGCUUGAAGAAUCUGGCCCUCGGUGUCGAUGACUCGCCUGUCGCCCCCACCGGGGCCCCCCAGUCCCUCAGUGACGAAGACUCCUUCAAGAAAAUUUCAACAACCAGAGAAGUUUUGGAAAAAAUUCAGGAGCUCCUGAGUAGUCUGAUGGAGAGGAUGCACAAAGAUGGCCGGCAGCCUCAAACCCUGCGCCUGACCCUCCGCAGGUACUCUGCAACCAACAAGUGGUUCAGCCGGGAGAGCCGACAGUGUCCGAUUCCCAACCACGUAGGACAGAAGAUCGCCUCCGACAGCAGUGAGGACGCUGUGGUCCAGCUGGUCCCGUUGGCCAUGAAGCUCUUCCACAAGAUGGUGGACUGCGGCGCCGCCUUCCACCUCACUCUCAUCAACGUUUGCUUCAGCAACCUGCAGGCCAGGGGACCUGCCGUGGGCGCGAAGGGCUCCAUAACGUCUUUCUUUAGGCAGAACUUGCCUCCCAAAGGAGCGGAAAUGUUCUCACCACAAAGCCAGGAGCCCUCCUCUCGGAGUGGAAAUACCGAUCAUCUGUUCAGCGCUCCCCGCUCGCUCGCUCAACCGACCCCUCCGCACGAAACGGUGACCGCAGAAAUCCCUCGUGGCUGCGGGGCAGAUUUACACGGGCUUAAAAGAAAACAGAGGCCCGUUGUUGCUUCAAAGAAGCCUCCGCUUGUGAAAGAGUCCCGCAGCACAGCGGGGUCAGACCCAAAGGUCGCCGUGACGCAUCCCAACGUCGACGCCGAGGUGUUCGGCCUCCUCCCCGAGGAGGUCCGGAUGGAGCUGCCGUCCGCCGCCGACGUCAGUGUCUCCCGCGUCACAGAAAACGAGUUUUCACAGGCAUUUGGUGACUCCCAGAACCAAUCCGCCAGUCCGACCGCCGUGAAUCACAAGGCCGAGGCCUCGGGCGCUUUCCCGGGAGAAAACGUCACGGAGGCAGGGAGGCCGCCGCCCCCUCUGCCUCCUGACUGCGAGUUCCCGGGAGACGUCGACCCCGAGGUGUUUUCAGAGCUUCCGGCGGACGUCCAGAAGGAGUUGAUGUCCGAAUGGCGGCGACGGAAGCCGGUCCUGAAGGCGCCGUCGUCCAGGAAGCCGGGGAGAAGCCCGACGACCAAAGACCGGAAGGCCGCAGGAAAAGGCAGCCAGGCCAACAAUCUGUUGAAGUAUUUUAAACCCAGUUAGAGGGCAAAGCCAAGCUGGUGCUCCGGGUCGUUUAGGAGUGUGGAAACUUGUUAUUUCUGGUUCUCAGGUGAUAUGUGCAAAUACACAUAUGUCACUUACAUUCAAUUCAAUGUAAUCAAUCAACACCAAUUGUUAAUUGAUAUGGGAUACACUUAAUAACGGAUGUUAAAAAUAAUGCUAAAUAAUCUUAGAAGGUUUUUGUCCCACCUUUGAUCAAUCACAACAAAAAGGCCUUUUUUCACCCCAGUAUGUCAGUAUUAUUCUACAUGUUAUUUGCUGAAUUGGAAUAUAAGAAUAUAUUGUUCAUAAAACCUAUUGUUUAAAAACAUCUA